CAAAAAUUCAUCUAAAUGUCUGAAAGUUUGGAUACAAAAGGAGCUCUUGAUGGCUUAAGCAGACGUUCACCCUACACACAGAUUGCCCUUGGUGCUGGCACGGGUUUCCUCACCGGCUACGUGCUGUUCAAGGCCAGCAAGGUCGCUGCCAUUGUGGCAGGAGGAACGAUAUUGGUUUUCCAGCUGGCAGUGCAAACCGGAGUGAUAAAAAGUAGCCCCCUCGAAACGAUCGUGUUACAGGGGCACCCUCGCAAUGCAGGCAAUGUUCGUGCACAACCAACCGAUACCACCAAUUCACAGUCGCCCAGGGAACAAUUGAACAAGGCCUAUGAUGUCAUAGCUGGCAGUAGCCGGAUCUGCGUGGCCAUGUUUGGCGGUUUCUUGCUGGGUUUUGGACUGGCAUAAUAUCAUGUACAUAUAUAGAAAGCUCUGGUUGAUCGAAUACCAUAGAAACUCGAAAAGCUGUCCUCGUCUUCCGAUGAAUCGGACUGAUAUUCGUACGAGCUCAACAUUUUACAUGACAAACAAAAACAA